CCAUUGUUAUUCUCGCUGAUGGACUCAUUUUCCUCGCCGGAUCCUCCUGUUUCUGUGGAUGCUGAGGAGGAGGGCGGGGCUGUUUUCCGUUGCAGUCCUGCCAGGGAGUGAUGUAGCGGACAGAGAGGGACCGACAGCAGCGGAGAACACGGCAGUAGGCAACGGUUUUUUUUGUAGUAAAAUAAAUCUGUCUAUUUUAGAUGCAAAAUGGAUUUACUGAUUCACCUAAUCUAACGUCAAAAGGUGUCGGUGGCCUCCUUGCAGCCUGACGCAGGGACAUCUCGUUUCUCUCAGCUCAGGAGACAUAUUUUCUUCUGUUUGGCCCCUGCACAGUGCAUUGUAGUGGAGCUCCGUACAGCCCACCAUGGCGUGGCCCUGUAUCAGCAGGGCGUGCUGCAUGGCCCGCUUCUGGAACCAGCUGGAUAAGGCUGACAUUGCGGUGCCUCUGGUUUUCACCAAGUACACGGACGCAUCGGAGCUGCAGCACAUCCAGCUGCAGCCGCCGCUGCACGCGCACCAGGCCCGGGUCACCAUAGAUACGCAGCCGUCUCGCACAACACCUCGCACCAAGCCAGCCGCGCGCCCCCCGCGGAGGUGCGUGUCCGAGGAGCGCGUGUGCAGCUCGGUAAUGCGCGAGGACUUUAAGCACUGGAACGUGCGACCCGAACCGAGCUGUAAACCCAAGAACGAGUACCACGAGCCGGAAACACCGUUCAACAGCGUGACCCAGUACCAGAAGGACUACAAACCCUGGCCUAUCCCCAAAAAGUCCGACCACCCCUGGAUACCUAAGCCCGCCGCCGGGGAGCGUGCUCCGGACAGGCCCCGGCACUCCAAACACCAGGUGGAGGCGGACAGCGGGGUGGAGAAGAGCGCUAUCGCCGACCAGGUGCAGGAGAAGGACUCUUGGUCUCUGCUGGAGACCAAGAAGAAGGCCAGCAAACCGGAGGGGCAGAAGAAAACGGAGGGGCAGAAGAAAGCGGAGGGGCAGAAGAAACCCGAGGGGCAGAAAACUGUGGUCCUGAAGGGGGAUGGGGAGGGCCGGGGGAGGCCGGCGGAUGCUGUGAACAGGCAGAUCCGAGAGGAGAUCACCGGGGACAGCUCCUACACGUGA